AUGGAAUAUAAGGAGAAGCAAGUUGAGAAGUUCCGAUGGGUAAGGUUCGCAAUGCGCAUAUGUGCCAAUAUAAUAAUUCUCGGUAUGAUGGCCGGCAGCACGUUCGCGAUCUACGCUGUCGUUGAGCGUUCGAAGACGAUCGAAAACGACGUCAACGCGGACGCUUUCCGACGCAACGAGGUGCCCAUCGUGGUGUCGUUCAUUACACUGGUGUUUCCAAACUUUUUCGAGCUGGUCAGCAAAGGACUGGAGAGGUUUCACCCGCGCACGUCGCUCAGGUUGCACCUGGGACGGAUCCUCGUUUUGUACUUUCUCAACUUCUACACUCUCAUCUUUGCCAUCUUCACGAAAAUGCAGUACUACAUCGAGUUACAGGAAAACAUCCAGGAUCUGCCAGUGGAUCUGAUCUCGAACCUUACCGAAACCGAGGCGCUGCAGCUUCUGCCGAGAGGCUCGAACGACCCGAUGUCUUUGCGGUUCAUGCGAGACCUGAUCAACAGCCUGAACAAGGCGUCGACGAUGUCCAGCGGCGAAGACCUGGCCACCAACCUGACGAACUUCACUCUGAGCGGCGCGGCGAUCGCGUCACGCCUGCCGCUCUACCAGCUGCUGCCCAAGCAGUUCUUCGGCAACCGCUUCGUCCCAUUUGCCAAGGGCUCCAUGAAGCAGCGUCUGAUCGAAGCGCGGAUCAAGUCGUACCGAACCGCCAAGACCGGCGUCAUGAAGAGUACAACACUGCCGUCGUUCAACUUCACCACCAUCCAUCCGGAGUACGGUACUCUCGGAGUCGCCAAAGUACACGCGUUCUUCGUCAAUGGCACAGACGUGAACGACACCGAAGACUCUACAUUCCCGACCACAGUUCAUCACAGUACAUUCCAACGCAAUCUGUCUCACAUGCCACGAACGUCCGUCAUACCGCUUCCGCAGAAGCUGCAGGGCAUAAGCUCCGACGAGUUGGGUAACCUCUGCUGGGAAACAAUGAUCGGUCAAGUAAACCUUUAG